AUGAGUUCUUAUUUUAAUAUUGGUGUACAAAGAAGUAGAAAAGGUCAAAAGAGAUCAGGCGCAGAAAUGAUUGCACAAUAUUCUGCUAAGAAUACCGCUGCAAAUAACAAUAAAGAAAAUAUUACCCAACAAACAAUGCCUCAGCAACAACCUCCUCAACAGCCACCUCAACAGUUCACUCCAAACCAACAGUUUGCUCCACAACAACAGAUUCCUGUGCAAAAUCAACAACAAUAUUACCAAUCACCAACAACACAACAAUUAAUCGAGCGCUUAUCCUAUUUAGAAUCACGUAAUCAGGAACUGAAAUCAGAACUUUCAUUCCAUAAUAAGAAAUUAGAAGUUUUAGAAAAACAAAUGAUGGUUUUCUUCCAAAAACUCGAUAAAUACGAACAAGCUCAGUCACCAUCCUCAAAUGGCCAAUACGUUCCAACACAACCUGCUAUGAUUGAGGUUCAAAAUGAUCCUUCUGGAACAAAUAAAUGGCAAUUUCAAUCUGUUUAA